AGGAGUGAGGCGAGCGGGGCGCGCGGAGCGGACGCCGAGGAUCUUGUGUGCUGCGCCACCGCGCCCACUCGGCAGCUCGGGAGGCGGGGACCGGCCCGGAGGCUGCGCCGCUGCGGGGCCGGCCGACUCGGAGGAGAAGAGGGAGGAGGCGCCGCCGGCCCGGGUUGGAGCCGAGCGCAGCAGCCGCCGCCGCCGCCGCCGCGCCAGAAGUUUGGGUUGAACCGGAGCUGCCGGGAGGAAACUUUUUUCUUUUUUCCCCCUCCCUCCCGGGAGGAGGAGGAGGAGGAGAAGGAGGGGAAGCCGCCGCUGCCGCCGGCGCCGACGCUCGUGGGCUCGGGGUCGGCGCGGCCCGCAGAAGGGGCGGGGGCCUUGCCCCGCCAGGGGAGACGCGCCCCGGGGGCCCCGAGAGGGGCGGCGAGGACCGCGGGUUGCCGGUGCGGCGGCGGCGGCGCGUGUGCCCCGCGCAGGGGAGGGCGCCCGCCCCGCUCCCGGCCCGGCUGCAAGGAGGAGGCGGCGGCGGCGCAGGAGGAUGUACUUGGUGGCGGGGGGCAGGGGGUUGGCCGGCUGCGGGCACCUCCCGGCCUCGCUACUGGGGCUGCUGCUGCUGCUGCUGCUGCUGGCGCGCUCCGGCACCCGGGCGCUGGUCUGCCUGCCCUGUGACGAGUCCAAGUGCGAGGAGCCCAGGAACUGCCCGGGGAGCAUCGUGCAGGGCGUCUGCGGCUGCUGCUACACGUGCGCCAGCCAGAGGAACGAGAGCUGCGGCGGCACCUUCGGGAUUUACGGAACCUGCGACCGGGGGCUGCGCUGUGUCAUCCGCCCCCCGCUUAAUGGCGACUCCCUCACGGAGUACGAAGCGGGCGUCUGCGAAGAUGAGAACUGGACUGAUGACCAACUGCUUGGUUUUAAACCAUGCAAUGAAAACCUUAUUGCUGGCUGCAAUAUAAUCAAUGGGAAAUGUGAAUGUAACACCAUUCGAACCUGCAGCAAUCCCUUUGAGUUUCCAAGUCAGGAUAUGUGCCUUUCAGCUUUAAAGAAAAUUGAAGAAGAGAAGCCAGAUUGCUCCAAGGCCCGCUGUGAAGUCCAGUUCUCUCCACGUUGUCCUGAAGAUUCUGUUCUGAUCGAGGGUUAUGCCCCUCCCGGGGAGUGCUGUCCCUUACCCAGCCGCUGCGUCUGCAACCCCGCAGGCUGUCUGCGCAAAGUCUGCCAGCCGGGAAACCUGAACAUACUAGUGUCAAAAGCCUCAGGGAAGCCGGGAGAGUGCUGUGACCUCUAUGAGUGCAAACCAGUUUUCGGUGUGGACUGCAGGACUGUGGAAUGCCCUCCUGUUCAGCAGACCGCGUGUCCCCCAGAUAGCUACGAGACUCAAGUCAGACUCACCGCGGAUGGUUGCUGUACUCUGCCAACAAGAUGCGAGUGUCUCUCUGGCUUAUGUGGUUUCCCCAUGUGUGAGGUGGGAUCCACCCCCCGCAUAGUCUCUCGUGGCGAUGGGACACCUGGAAAGUGCUGUGAUGUCUUUGAAUGUGUUAAUGAUACAAAGCCAGCCUGCGUAUUUAACAACGUGGAAUAUUAUGAUGGAGACAUGUUUCGAAUGGACAACUGUCGGUUCUGUCGAUGCCAAGGGGGCGUUGCCAUCUGCUUCACUGCCCAGUGCGGUGAGAUAAACUGCGAGAGGUACUACGUGCCUGAAGGAGAAUGCUGCCCAGUGUGUGAAGAUCCAGUGUAUCCUUUUAAUAAUCCUGCUGGCUGCUAUGCCAACGGCCUGAUCCUUGCCCAUGGAGACCGGUGGCGGGAAGACGACUGCACGUUCUGCCAGUGUGUCAACGGUGAACGCCACUGCGUUGCGACAGUCUGCGGACAGACCUGCACAAACCCUGUGAAAGUGCCUGGAGAGUGUUGCCCUGUGUGCGAAGAACCAACCAUCAUCACAAUUGAUCCACCUGCGUGUGGGGAGUUAUCAAACUGCACUCUGACAGGGAAGGACUGCAUUAAUGGUUUCCAGCGUGAUCACAAUGGUUGUCGGACCUGUCAGUGCAUAAACAGCGAGGAACUGUGCUCAGAACGUAAACAAGGCUGCACCUUGGACUGUCCCUUCGGUUUCCUAACUGAUGCCCAAAACUGUGAGACCUGUGAGUGCCGCCCAAGGCCCAAGAAGUGCAGACCCAUAAUCUGUGACAAGUAUUGUCCACUGGGAUUGCUGAAGAAUAAGCACGGCUGUGACAUCUGUCGCUGUAGAAAAUGUCCAGAGCUCUCAUGCAGUAAGAUCUGCCCCUUGGGUUUCCAACAGGACGGUCACGGCUGUCUUAUCUGCAAGUGCAGAGAGGUCUCUGCUUCAGUCGGGCCACCUGUCCUGUCGGGCACUUGUCUGACCGUGGAUGGUCAUCAUCAUAAAAAUGAGGAGAGCUGGCACGAUGGGUGCCGGGAAUGCUACUGUCUGAAUGGACGGGAAAUGUGUGCCCUGAUCACCUGCCCGGUGCCUUCCUGCGGCAACCCCACCAUUCAUCCCGGACAGUGCUGCCCAUCAUGUGCAGAUGACUUUGUGGUGCAGAAGCCAGAGCUCAGCACUCCCUCCGUUUGCCACGCCCCUGGGGGAGAGUACUUUGUGGAAGGAGAAACGUGGAACAUUGACUCCUGUACUCAGUGCACCUGCCACAGCGGACGAGUGCUAUGUGAGACAGAGGUGUGCCCACCACUGCUCUGCCAGAACCCCUCACGCACCCAGGAUUCCUGCUGCCCACAGUGUACCGAUCAACCUUUUCGGCCUCCCUUAUCGCGUAAUGACAGCGUACCUAAUUACUGCAAAAAUGAUGAAGGGGAUAUAUUCCUGGCAGCUGAGUCCUGGAAGCCUGACGUUUGUACCAGCUGCAUCUGCAUCGAUAGUGUAAUUAGCUGUUUCUCUGAGUCCUGCCCUUCCGUAUCCUGCGAAAGACCUGUCUUGAGAAAAGGCCAGUGUUGUCCCUACUGCAUAGAAGACACAAUUCCAAAGAAGGUGGUGUGCCACUUCAGUGGGAAGGCCUAUGCCGACGAGGAGCGGUGGGACCUUGACAGCUGCACCCACUGCUACUGCCUGCAGGGCCAGACCCUCUGCUCGACCGUCAGCUGCCCCCCUCUGCCCUGUGUUGAGCCCAUCAACGUGGAAGGAAGUUGCUGCCCAAUGUGUCCAGAAAUGUAUGUUCCAGAACCAACCAAUAUACCCAUUGAGAAGACAAACCAUCGAGGAGAGGUUGACCUGGAGGUUCCCCUGUGGCCCACACCUAGCGAAAAUGACAUUGUUCACCUCCCUAGAGAUAUGGGUCACAUCCAGGUAGAUUACAGAGAUAACAGACUACACCCAAGUGAAGAUUCUUCGCUGGACUCAAUUGCCUCAGUUGUGGUUCCCAUAGUUAUAUGCCUCUCUAUUUUAAUAGCAUUCCUAUUCAUCAAUCAGAAGAAACAGUGGAUACCACUGCUUUGCUGGUAUCGAACACCAACUAAGCCUUCUUCCUUAAGUAAUCAGCUAGUAUCUGUGGACUGCAAGAAAGGAACCAGAGUCCAGGUGGACAGUUCCCAGAGAAUGCUAAGAAUUGCAGAACCAGAUGCAAGAUUCAGUGGCUUCUACAGCAUGCAAAAACAGAACCAUCUACAGGCAGACAAUUUCUACCAAACAGUGUGAAGAAGGGCAACUCGGAUGAGGUUUCAAAAGACAGAAGACAACUAAAUCUGCUCUUAAAAGUAAACUAGAAUUUGUGCACUUGCUUAGUGGAUUGUAUUGGAUUGUGACUUGAUGUACAGCGCUAAGACCUUACUGGGAUGGGCUCUGUCUACAGCAGUGUGCAGAACAAGCAUUCCCACUUUUCCUCAAGAUAACUGACCAAGUGUUUUCUUAGAACCAAAGUUUUUAAAGUUGCUAAGAUAUAUUUGCCUGUAAGAUAGCUGUAGAGAUAUUUGGGGUGGGGACAGUGAGUUUGGAUGGGGAAAUGGGUGGGAGGGUGGUGUCAGGAAGAAAAAUUGGUCAGCUUGGCUUGGGGAGAAACCUGGUAACAUAAAAGCAGUUCAGUGGCCCAGAGGGUAUUUUUUUCUUAAUGCUCUGAAGACUGCACUGGCUGCUGCAAAGCUCAGGCCUGAAUGAGCAGGAAACAAAAAAGGCCUUGCGACCCAGCUGCCAUAACCACCUUAGAACUACCAGACAAGCAUAUCAGAACCUUUUGACAGCCAUCCCAGGUCUAAAGCCACAAGUUUCUUUUCUAUACAGUCACAACUGCAGUAGGCAGUGAGGAAGCCAGAGAAAUGCGAUAGCGACAUUUCUCGAAAGCGGGUUAUUAAGAAUAUAUACAGUUAUACUUUUUGCUGCUUUUAUUUUCUUCCAAGCCAAUCAGCCAGUUCCUAGCAGAGUCAGCACAUGAACAAGAUCUAAGUCAUUUCUUGAUGUGAGCACUGGAGCUUUUCUUACAACAACGUGACAGGAAGGAGGGAGAGGGUGACGAACACCAGGCAAAAUCCAGGGGCUAUAUUUUACUGUUUGUUGUUGCUUUGUUCUGUUAUAUUGUUGGUUGUUCAUAGUUUUUGUUGAAGCUCUAGCUUAAGAAGAAACUUUUUAAAAAAAGACUGUUUGGGGAUUCUUUUUCCUUAUUAUAUACUGAUUCUACAGAAUAGAAACUACUUCAUUUUAAUUGUAUAUUAUUCAAGCACCUUUGUUGAAGCUGAAAAAAAAAAGAUGCCUCUUUAAACUUUAGCAAUUAUAGGAGUAUUUAUGUAACUAUGUUAUGCUUCAAAAAACAAAACUAUUUGUGUGCAUGUGUAUAUAAUAUAUAUAUACAUAUAUAUUUAUACACAUACAAUUUAUGUUUUCCUGUUGAAUGUAUUUUUAUGAGAUUUUAACCAGAACAAAGGCAGAUAAACAAGCAUUCCAUAUCAAUGCUUUUGAUCACUUACAAAUUUUUUGAAUAACACAAAAUCUCAUUAUACCUGCAGUUUAAUUGCAAAAAUGUGUGUGUGAGAGUAUGUAUGUGUGUGUGUGCAUGCACGCCUUGAGCAGUCAGCAUUGCACCUGCUAUGGAGAAGGGUAUUCCUUUAUUAAAAUCUUCCUCAUUUGGAUUUGCUUUCAGUUGGCUUUCAAUUUGCUCACUGGCCAGAGACAUUAAUGGCAGUUCUUAUCUGCAUCACUAAUCAGCUCCUGGAUUUUUUUUUUUUUUCAAACAAUGGUUUGAAACAACUACUGGAAUAUUGUCCACAAUAAGCUGGAAGUUUGUUGUAGUAUGCCUCAAAUAUAACUGACUGUAUACUAUAGUGUUAACUUUUCAAACAGCCCUUAGCACUUUUAUACUAAUUAACCCAUUUGUGCAUUGAGUUUUCUUUUAAAAAUGCUUGUUGUGAAAGACACAGAUACCCAGUAUGCUUAAUGUGAAAAGAAAAUGUGUUCUGUUUUGUAAAGGAACUUUCAAGUAUUGUUGUAAAUACUUGGACAGAGGUUGCUGAACUUUAAAAAAAAUUAAUUUAUUAUUAUAAUGACCUAAUUUAUUAAUCUGAAGAUUAACCAUUUUUUUGUCUUAGAAUAUCAAAAAGAAAAAGAAAAAGGUGUUCUAGCUGUUUGCAUCAAAGGAAAAAAAAGAUUUAUUAUCAAGGGGCAAUAUUUUUAUCUUUUUCCAAAAUAAAUUUGUUAAUGACAUGUUACCAAAAUAGAUUGACAUCAGCCUGAUUAGUAUAAAUUUUGUUGGUAAUUAAUCCAUUCCUGGCAUAAAAAGUCUUUAUCAAAAAAAUUGUAGAUGCUUGCUUUUUGUUUUUUCAAUCAUGGCCAUAUUAUGAAAAUACUAACAGGAUAUAGGACAAGGUGUAAAUUUUUUUAUUAUUAUUUUAAAGAUAUGAUUUAUCCUGAGUGCUGUAUCUAUUACUCUUUUACUUUGGUUCCUGUUGUACUCUUGUAAAAGAAAAACAAAUAUAAUUUCCUGAAGAAUAAAAUAGAUAUAUGGCACUUGGAGUGCACCAUAGUUCUACAGUUUGUUUUUGUUUUCUUCAAAAAACAAAGCUGUAAGAGAAUUAUUUGCAAUUUGAUUCUUGCAGGAAAUAAACAUUUUGAGUUGAAAUCA